CAAACCCCCUCUCGUCUCGUCCCAGCGGCCAGCGCUCUUUGCUCUGCGGCGCGGCGGCGGAAGCGGGGAGGGAUGGCGAAGGCCGGUGGGGGGAUAAUCUGGGCGACGGCGGAGGACCUGGCGCGGAACCGGCCGGUGGUUCUGUCGCUGUACCGGCAGAUCCUGCGCGCGCUGAACUCGCCGGCGCUGCCGCUGGGGCACGCGGCGCGGCUGGCGAAGAAGGCGGAGUGCCGCGCCGUCUUCAUCUUCGGCGCCGAGGAGAGGUCGCUCCACAACAUCCGCGACCUCCUCGAAGCCGCGCGCCACACCGUCGGCCUCCUCAACCGCGGCCGCCUCCCUUAGGUUGGGAAAAGCUCGCGAGCCACCAGCUAGGGUAUUACGUCUAUUUCAGUUUUUUUUUUUUUGCUUAGUCGUUCUGA